AUGUCUCAUCUGUUCACCCACAGCUUCGCCAAGUUGCCGCCUUGUUUCCUUCUGCAUAAUUUACAUGAUUUUGGGCGCUAUCAAUAUUCUGGUCACUGGUUAAUUAAGGCUGAUCUGAACUGUCCGUGCGGGCUUUCCCCAAUUUCCGAUCAGCGAGAGAGGGCAUACGCUACGAUAUCAAGUGUACCUAUCUUUUGCAACAUGGGAGGUUUGGUAUUCCUUUUUAUAGGCAAGCCAGAAAUGAUCUUCGGCUUAGGAAUGAAGCAAGUCAUAGCUUGCACUGGGUUUGACUUUGGCCCAUUCGGUGGUAGAUAG